GUACAAUAUUUUUUCCCCAGCACCGUCGUCGUGUAUCGAUUGGAAUAAUAUCUAGAAGGAGCAAACGGCGGGUAAUUCAAGUGUGUUUCGCGUCUAAAUAAUUCAUAUUAUUCAUAUUAUAAUUAGCCAACGCCACUUCGGUCAGUUCAAACAUGAAGUUUGCGGAACACUUGGCGGCGCACAUCACCCCGGAAUGGAGAAAACAGUACAUAAGCUACGAAGAAAUGAAAGAAAUGUUGUACGCAGCCAUUGAGCAGGUACCGGCCACCGAUCAAGUAGACUCCGAAUCCAUAUCGCGGUACUAUGCCAAAUUCGACGAAAAGUUCUUCAGCUUUUGCGACAAAGAGCUCGCCAAAAUCAACACAUUCUAUUCAGAAAAACUAGCGGAAGCGACGCGGAAAUUCGCAAAUCUCCAGAGCGACUUGAGAGAGGCCCAGGACGAAAAAGUCAAACCCAAAGAUGGCAGUGGCAAUCUUAAGCCGGUCAAGCGGAAAAUACUCAGGAAAAACACCACCACGCGAAAGACCCAAGAGCUCAAGUUGGCUUUCAGCGAGUUCUACUUGAGCUUGAUCCUGCUGCAAAAUUACCAGAAUUUAAACUACACGGGUUUUCGGAAAAUAAUGAAAAAGCACGACAAGUUGCUGAGUGCCGACGGAGGGUCCGGUGGUCGGUGGAGGUCCGAAGUGGUGGAAAACGCGCAUUUCUAUUGCAACAAAGACAUCGACCGGCUGAUCAGCGAAACGGAAGCCACUGUCACCCAAGGUCUUGAAGGAGGCGACAGACAGAGGGCUAUGAAAAGGCUGCGGGUACCGCCUCUGGGAGAACAACAGUCGCCGUGGAUCACGUUUAAAGUCGGCCUGUUCUCGGGCGCGUUCGUGGUGAUGUUGUUGGCAGUAAUUAUCACGGGCAUAGCCCACGGCAACAGCGACACGGACUGGCGUGUCAUGGUCAGGUUGUACAGGGGUCCACUGCUGUUGGUCAUAUUUCUUUUCCUGAUGGGCAUCAACGUGUACUGCUGGCGUUCUUCCGGCGUUAAUCACGUGCUCAUCUUCGAGCUGGACCCCAGAAACCAUCUGACCGAACAGCACAUCAUGGAGUUGGCCACGGUGUUCGGUCUGGUCUGGGCCGGAUCCGCGUUGAUCUUCUUGUACAGCGAGGCGCUGCACAUACCGCCGUACAUCAACCCGUUGAUUUUGGCUAUCCUGAUGAUAGCGUUUUUGUUCAACCCCACCAAAACGCUGAGACAUGACGCACGUUUUUGGGUUUUGCGUGUAAUGGUACGCAUAAUAUUCGCUCCAUUUUUCUACGUCGGUUUCGCUGACUUUUGGCUGGCCGAUCAGCUGACCAGUUUGGUGCCGGCUCUGUUGGAUUUCCAGUACUUGGUAUGUUUCUAUCUGACCAACGACAAGUGGAUGUCUAACAAAACCAUAGACAUUGACGGGACCAAAUGCGUGGAACGCGUGUGGCUGUUGAGGCCGAUCGUCGCUUGUCUACCCGCGUGGUUCCGGUUCAUGCAGUGUCUCAGGCGGUACAGGGACUCGCGGGAGGCUUUCCCGCACUUGGCCAACGCCGCUAAGUACGCCACCACAUUCUUCGUGAUAACCUUUUCGUUUUUGAAUCUCCAAUACUCGAAAAUGAAUCCGGACGAGGACUCUAACAUGUGGUUUUACCUGUGGAUAUGCGCGUCCGUUUUCAGUUCGCUGUACUCGUACAUUUGGGACAUAAAAAUGGACUGGGGACUGUUCGACAAAAAUGCCGGAGAAAAUAAAUUCCUCCGCGAAGAAAUCGUUUACUCGUCAACGGCGUUUUACUACAUAGCCAUCGCCGAGGAUUUUAUCCUGAGAUUCGGUUGGGCAUUAUCAAUGUCUCUGACCGAAAUGGGCUACGUUCACGGUGACCUGAUGGUGUCGAUUUUAUCACCACUCGAAGUAAUGAGGAGAUUCGUUUGGAAUUUUUUCCGUCUGGAAAACGAGCACCUGAACAACUGCGGUCGGUUCCGGGCCGUUAGGGACAUAUCGGUAGCUCCCAUAGACAGUUCGGAUCAGACACAGAUACUGCGGUUGAUGGACGUGCCGAAUAUCCCGCACGAGCUCAACAGGAACCGCAGGGUCAAGAUGGGUGGAGGUGGGAUCGGCAGGAAGAUCCCGAACCUGACGUUCCAGCCCAGCCGCUCUGUCGACGAACAAGCCACGUUGAUCUUGGCCAGCCUGGGCACACGAUGAGUAGGAACUUAGAUAACACCCCCCAAGUUCCCAGUCAAUCGUUUGAGUUUCAGCCCUAAGUAGUUGAAACUGCAAUAAUAGCUAAUGUAUAAUUCCAAUUCGUGUCAAAUCGAUCAUCUCGGAGUUUUUUAAAAAGAAAACCUAUAGAAAAAUUAGAUGAAAAAAAAUCCAAUUUACAGUAGUCAUGGCCCAUCAUGGGUAAACGUCAAAACGAUUGAUUUAAAAAUUAAUAUUAUUUCGUUGUUGUGAUUUCUUAAUAUUAUUACCUACGUUAGAUAACAAAUAAUUUUCCAAACAUUAUUCCUUUAUUUACUAUAUAUAUAUAUAUAUAUAUAUAUAUUAAAAAAUAACAUUAAUUAAGUUCUUGUAUUUUUAUUAUAUCCUAAGGCAUGUAAAAUAAGCCUUACCAGUAUGCCACUUAUAAUUUACCAUUUGAACACUAUGUUACCAGAAUUAGGAACUUGAAAUGUAAUCUAAUUAAGUUUAACCCGCAAACAAAUUUUCUUAGACUUUACAGUAAGUAUAGUUAAUUACAAUUUCACUACAAAUUAAUAAAUAAAAAAUAAAGUUUUGAAAAUAAUUUUAGUUGUUUGAAAUUACCUUUUCUUUAG